AUGACCAUCAAGAUUCUGGUUCUACUUGUCUGCGUAUUCCGCGUGUUGGGAAGUAGCUGGCUGACGGUUGACCAUGAUCAGUGUUCCUCCAACUAUGAUGAAUUUAAAACUCUAAUCGACAAAAACGGACUCCAACUCAUAAGAUUUAAUUCAAAAGUCGCUGAAUUAAAAAAUGAAACAGCGUCUAAAAUCAACACCGAGGACGUAGCGAUGGUUCAAGCCGAGGCAAAAAGACUGGAGGAAACUCAGAAUAAAGCAAAUGAUUCCCUUCAUAGUAAGCGGGAAAGGACAGCUGAUCAGAAAGAACGGUUCCGGAAACUGUACCACGAGAUGGAGUUGAUCACCGGAAAUAUCAGUAGGUUAGAGAGAGUAAUGGCUGCCAGAUCUGUAGCACAAAGCCAACGUCAACAAAAAGUUCAAAGUCUUCUGGAUCAAAUUAGAGCAGUACGCCAAAACAACACAGAUCUAGGAUUAAAUAUUUUAAGAGAAUUAAAUCUCCAAACGUCAGCAGGCUUCACAAUUCAAACAAAUAGCGAAGUGACUCUACAGGAUCGAGAUAUCCUGAUGUUUCCAUCCAUUCUUCACAGGAGUGAAAAAGGACUCGAUGUCUCGAACUCGAUUCUAACGGCCACUUACUCCGGUGUUUACCUAUUUCACGUCACGGUCUGUUCUCAGGGCGCGGGUCUAAUAGCUAGGGCGGUGGUGUGUAAGAACUACAGUCACCGCUGGGUGGGAUUUGCUUACGCUGAGGACAGCAAUAAUUCGGAGUGUGGAAGCAACACGGUGGUGAUUGAAGUACAAAAAGGAGACAGAUUCUGGGUGCGAUCAUAAAAAGUCUUAUUUCUCCUCUGGAAGUAGCUUUAGUGCUACAUUAAUUCAGAGAACUGAGUGAAAUAUUCCAAUGUUCCAGAAACUGAACAAUAUCUCUCUGAUUGCUGUGUAAUUGCCGAAAAGAAAGCAUCAGCAUUAACUCUAAAUAAAUACUAUUCUUGUUUCAGUUUAGAAAAAUCAAUGAUUUUGUGAUAAGAAGAAGAAUAGUGACUUUUUUUAGGG